UAACAAGUAUCGGUGUUUGUAUAUAAACGUCAUAGCCGUUUGCUAAAAAUUGCCACUCAAGUUUCCGCAAAUAAAAUCAAAAGUCAUGAUUCGAGCCCAAUGAUACGAUAAAACACAUUCAGUGUCAAUUUCAGUAACACUUGUUCUCACAACGAGUACGCAUCGAACAUUGUUUCAUCCGAGUAAAUACGUUUUAUUAGGAAAGUGGUUUUAGUGGAAAAAGAACGAAGAGAAAAAAAUGGUCAAAGCAAAGAAAUUCAUUUUUGCCGCACGUUUUGAUGGUUUGCCAAAAGUCACUGAUUUUCGCUUGGAAGAAGAAACAUUGCCGGAGUUGAAAGAUGGAGAGUUUUUGGCUGAGGCAAUCUAUUUGAGCGUCGAUCCAUAUAUGAGACCGUACAGCGAACGAAUUCCAAUUGGUUGUACUAUGAUUGGAGGGCAAAUUGCUAAAAUCAUCGAGUCAAAAAAUGCUGAUUAUCCAAAAAACGCUAUUGUCUAUGGAUCGUUUGGUUGGAGAACCCAUACCAUAUACAAUCCGACCAGUCCCGAAGCUCAGCUGGUUAAAGCAUACGUUUUGCCAUCAUUUGGAAAACUGCCAGAGUCAUUGGGCUUGGGGCAUUUGGGCAUGCCUGGCAACACCGCUUACUUUGGGUUCUUGGAGAUUUGCGAACCGAAAGAAGGUGAAGUGGUCGUCGUAUCGGGCGCAGCUGGUGCUGUUGGCAGUCUAGUGGGCCAAAUUGCGAAGAUCAAAGGAUGCAAAGUGGUUGGAAUCGCGGGAAGCGAUGAUAAAUGUGCAUGGCUUACGCGAGAAUUGGGCUUUGAUCAUGCCAUCAACUACAAAACCGAGUCAAUUGCCGAAGUAUUGGCAAAAUAUGCACCGGACGGCGUUGAUUGUUAUUUUGACAAUGUCGGCGGUGGAAUCAGUUCAAUUGUCAUCAAUCAAAUGCGUGAAUUUGGCCGUAUCUCCGUUUGUGGUUCGAUUUCAUCGUACAAUACGCCGGUUGCUGAUUGGCCAAAAGUGCCCAUUCUUCAACCAGCGUUCGUAUUCAAACAACUAACUAUGAAAGGAUUCGUUGUUACACGUUUUUGGGACAAAUGGUUCGAUGGCAUUGCUCAAUUGAAAAAAUGGACUGAAGAGGGCAAAUUACAAUACCGUGAAACGAUUACAAACGGAUUUGAAAAUAUGCCACAAGCCUUGAUUGAUAUGCUUCAAGGUCAAAACUUUGGAAAAGCAAUUGUUAAAGUUUAAUUUCACAUUCCAAAUUCUAAGCAUAAUUUUCCAUUAAUUAUAGUUGCAAAUAAAAUCUGCAAUAAAAUUUCGGACAAAAAUAAAUAAUAACGAAAUUUCAGAAGCAAAUCCCGUUUCUCAUCAUGAAUUGCUAAUAAAAAGAUAUAUAAUCGC